CUGUCCGCCCUCUUCCCCCCUUCUCGUCUUUUGCUCCGUCUCCUCCAGAUUUUCUCUCCGCUAUAAAAACCCUAGCCUAAACCCCGAAUCCCGCCGCUCCCUCUCGCCACCGCCACCUCGCCGCGCGAUCCCCCGUUCCGAAAUCAGGAGGAGGGGUGUGCUCGUACUGAGUUAGUGAGCUCUGCGCGGAGCCUCAACCCUAGGCGGCGUCGGCGCCUCGGCAGUUCGGAACUUCCGAUGGCGGCCGGGGGCGUGGCCGACGGCGACCAGCGAUGGCUGGUGGAGUGCCUGACGGCCACGCUCGACACUGCGCGCGAUGUCCGCGCCUUCGCCGAGGAGUCGCUCCGCCAGGCCUCCCUCCUUCCCGGAUACGGAGCUGCCCUUACAAAAGUCACAAUCAACAAGGAGAUCCCAUUUGGUUUACGUCAGCUUGCUGCUGUCUUGCUAAAGCAGUUCAUCAAGCAGCAUUGGCAAGAAGAUGAAGAUAAUUUUGUGCCCCCUGUUGUUUCCGCUUCAGAAAAGGUGGUCAUACGGCAGCUCCUGCUUACCUCACUGGAUGACUCUCAUGGGAAGAUUCGUACUGCUAUCAGCAUGGCUGUAGCAGCUAUUGGGCAACAAGAUUGGCCUGAAGACUGGCCUGAGUUACUUCCCCUUCUUUUGAAGUUAAUCAGCGACCAAAACAACGGGAAUGGAGGCUGGUUUACUUCAUAUCCUGCCCUGUUGCCUCAUCUUCCUGUUGUCUUCGCUUUGGAGAUUCAGUGCAGCCUGAAUCUGAAUAACCUCAUCUUAGGAUGCUGUCAUGGAUCAAGGACAGUGUUUCUAACUGUGUUAUGUACUGAAAUACUGCAUAUGAAAAAUACAUGAGUUACGUAGUUUCCUGUUAUAAUCUUCAACUCUUUUUUUCAGUUCGUGGAGCAUUAAGAUGCCUAGCCCUUUUGUCGGAUGAUCUAGAUGAUACAUGUAUUCCGAAGUUAGUGCCAGAGCUAUUCCCGUCACUCUAUAGAAUAAUAUCAUCUCCUCAUCUAUAUGAAAAUUCUCUUCGUGCUAAGGCUCUUGCAAUAGUCCAUUCAUGUAUUUCCAUGCUCGGAUCAAUGAGUGGUGUUUAUAAGAGAGAUACAUCCAGUUUGAUGAGUUCGAUGCUUGAUCCACUAAUAGAACAAUUCUCCCUUAUUCUAAAUUCCCCAGUGCAGUCCCAAAAUCCUGAUGACUGGAGCAUGCAGAUGGAGGUGCUGAAAUGUUUACUUCAGCUUGUCCAGAACUUUCCUGGACUGCCUGAAGCUAAAAUUUCUGCCAUUCUUCCAUCACUGUGGCAGACAUUUGUUUCGUCGUUCAAGAUCUAUCACCUGUCAUCCAUUCAAGGUUUGGAGGAACUAGAUUCUAUUAACUAUGAUUCUGAUGGUAGUGAAAGAAGUCUUGAGUCCUUUGAGAUUCAGUUAUUUGAGCUAUGGACAACAAUUGUGGGGAAUUCUAGAUUAGGAAAGGUCAUUGGGGGAAACAUAAAGGAGCUAGCAUACUAUACGAUAGCCUUUCAACAAAUAACUGAAGAACAGGUGCAAAGGUGGUCUCGUGAUGCUAACCAGUAUGUUGCUGAUGAGGAUGACGUAACUUAUAGCUGUCGUGUGUCUGGGUCUCUUUUGCUGGAAGAGAUAGUAACUGCUUAUGAAGAUUAUGGAAUCAAUUCAAUUUUGGAAGCUUCAAAAAUGCGUUUUCAUGAAUCUCAAGAAUCAAAACAAGCAGGUUCUGCCGACUGGUGGAGACUACAUGAAGCAUCGCUUUUUGCUCUAGGUUCACUGUCAGAACAGUUGUGUGAAGCGCAGGAUUCUGGUUUUGCAAAAUACAAUGUGCAGGAUUUACUUGAGCAAAUGCUAACUGACAUUAUGGUAACAGGGGUGCAUCAGUAUCCAUUUCUUCAUGCGCGUGCAUUCUCCAUCGUGGCUAAGUUUUCGUCAGUGAUAAGUAAGGAAGUCAGUGAACAGUAUCUAAGCUAUGCUGCUCGUGCGAUCGCCUCAGAUGUGCCAUCCCCAGUUAAAGUUGGCGCUUGUAGGGCACUAGCCCAACUUUUACCAGAAUCCGAUCAGGAUUUGAUUCAGCCCAAUGUUAUGGGCAUACUCUCAUCUCUUGUUGAUCUUCUGCGGCAGGCAUCUGAUGAAACACUGCAUCUUGUUCUAGAAACCCUCCAAUCAGCCAUCAAAUCUGGUGGAGAACAAUCAACUUUAAUCGAGCCCAUCAUUUCCCCUAUCAUACUAGAUGUUUGGGCUCAACACAUUUCUGACCCAUUCAUCAGUAUUGAUGCUAUAGAAGUUCUAGAGGCCAUCAAGAAUGCUCCUGGAUGCUUACAGCCACUUGUAUCUCGAAUCCUCCCAACAAUUGGAUCCAUUUUAGGGAAACCUAAGAUCCAGCCGGAUGGACUAGUUGCAGGUUCGCUGGACCUGUUGACGAUGGUACUCAAAAAUGCUCCAACUGUUGUGGUUAAAGCAGUCUUUGACACAUGCUUUGUUUCUACUGUUCAAAUUGUUCUUGAAAGUGAAGACCAUGGAGAGAUGCAGAAUGCGACAGAAUGCUUGGCAGCAUUCAUAUCAGGUGGCCGGGAGGAGUUGCUUGUCUGGAGUGGUGAACAAGGACGUACACUGAAGAUGCUACUUGAUGCUGCUUCAAGGCUCUUAGAUCCAGCGUUAGAAAGUUCUGUAUCACUCUUUGUUGGAAGCUUCGUUUUGCAACUCAUUUUACAAAUGCCUUCACACUUAUCUCCCUACAUACCGGAUCUUAUUGCUGCUAUUGUGAGACGAAUGCAAACAAGCAGCAUUGCAGGAUUGAAAAGCUCGCUUAUUGUUAUAAUAGCCAGGCUAGUACAUCUGAGUGUACCAAAUGUUGAUCAGUUCAUCAAUCUCUUGCUUUCUAUCCCUGCCCAGGGGAAUGACAAUUCACUUGCUUAUAUUAUGUCAGUAUGGUCACAACUACAAGGCGAAAUUCAGGGAGCCUACCAGAUAAAGGUAACAACAACUGCAUUAGCUCUUCUCAUUUCAACUCGUCAUCCUGAGCUAUCUAAGAUUGAAGUUCAAGGGCAUCUUAUUAAGACUAGUACAGGUAUAACCACACGAUCAAAGGCUCGGGUGGCUCCUGAUCAGUGGACCAAGAUUCCACUACCGGCUAAGAUCUUCUCACUGUUAGCAGAUACUUUAGCUGAAAUUCAGGAGCAGAUUGGUGGUGGUAGUGAUGAUGAAUGCGAAGAGGAUAGUGAUUGGGAAGAAGUGCAGAAUGGUAACACUAGUAUUGCUGAUGAUAUCAUAUACUCAGCAUCAGUUCCUUCAAAUGCGAAUCCAUCAGUUGAACAUCUAAAUGCUAUGGCUAAAGUUUUUGAUGAGGAUGAGGAUGACAGCUAUGACAAUGAUCUGACAAAAAAUGACCCUCUUAACGAGGUGAAGUUAGCAGUUUUUCUGACAAACAUAUUUACCAACCUGUGGGAGAAUGAUCGACCACUGUUUGAGUAUCUCUGCCAGGGCCUAUCAGAUUCACAGAGAUCAGCUGUUGAAAAGGUUUUGAGGAAGUGAUCCGUUGGUUGAAGCCUCCCUUUUUGGUUUCGGCCUUAUAUUUCUUGGCACUAGUGAGCAAGUCGUUUAGUAGUGUGGUUUUCAUGCUUGUUGUAGCUUAUAGCUUAUUGCUGUAAAACUGAUCCAGCUCUGAAGCUGGCGUUGCGAGGUUUUGUCAGUGUAGGUUUCUUUAUCUUCUUCGUUUUUUGAAUUUAAAGUGUACAAGAUGUAGCUAGCCAUGUAUGCAUUUGUUGUACCGGGUGGGGUGAUGUUGGGAAUCGUACCCGGUUUGUCAAGCCUAAGUUCCCUGAAGAAUUCACAACUUCAUGUGUUCUUGACGUUGAAGUUCUCCGGAAGGGCCUUGUUUCAUUGGCUUUGUUUAAAGUAUAUGGAUUGGUUGCGAUCUUA